AUGGGCAACUGCACCAAAACCCCAGGCAGGCGGCUGUCCAAGGAGAAUAAGCAGCCCUCCGAGGCUCCCGGCUCCCCAGCCUCUACCAGCAACGACCUGGAUGAAUUGGCGGAUGGCACACAGUACCCUCCACUGCAGAAUUACUCGGUGCUGCAUGGCUUGGUGGGGCCAGCCUGCAUCUUCCUACGCCAGAGCAUCGCCAUCACACAGAUCGACAGAGAACUGCGACCAGAGGAAAUUGAAGAGCUAAAGGAGGCCUUCCGGGAGUUUGACAAAGACCGCGAUGGCUACAUCAGUUACAAGGAUCUGGGAGAAUGUAUGCGGACCAUGGGCUACAUGCCCACUGAGAUGGAGCUCAUUGAGUUGUCUCAGCAGAUCACUGGAGGGAAAGUGGAUUUUGAUGACUUUGUGGAACUGAUGGGCCCCAAGAUGCUGGCAGAGACAGCAGACAUGAUUGGAGUGAAAGAACUGAGGGAUGCCUUCCGAGAGUUUGACACAAAUGGUGAUGGGCAGAUCAGCACAGCUGAACUACGAGAAGCCAUGCGUAAGCUCCUGGGGCAGCAGCUGAACUACCGUGAGGUAGACGAGAUCCUCAAGGACGUCGAUCUGAACGGGGAUGGCCUGGUGGACUUUGAAGAGUUUGUACGGAUGAUGUCUCGUUGAGAGCAGCUAGUAGCAGCCUAAGGCUGAUGUGCCUUAUUGAGAAGAGUCUCCCAGCGGCCAUGUAUUCCAACUUGCAAUGGAUCUAACCCUCGGAAACUAGGGCAGCAUGCAAGAACUUCCCACACACCCUGCUUGGAGCCAAACAGCCACUCCUACAGAACAGAGACCCACAACAGCUUCAGAACCUUCAAUAACAUCUUGGACCAGAUCCCUAGAUCAAUGCCCUAUCUACCUUAUUAGAUACAGCCACAAGCAUCUACCCCAGGCUCUGGAUAUCGUCAUACUUUACCCUAUGUUUGCUAUAAUAGGC